CGCCCCCGCGCUCCGCCGCCUGCCGCCCGCGCCCGCCGAGGUGAGCCCGGCGCGUGGGCCGAGACCGCCACCCCGACCCUGUCCACACCCGCGGAAACCGCUGCGGGCUCCACCCGCCCCCUGAGCGCUGUAGUCGCCUCUGCUUCCUCGCUUCUUUCAUCAAGCCCCGCUCCCCGGUCCUCUGGUCGGAGACUUGAUUCCCUCCAUCCCUGGCCUCUUUGCUUUUACCUCCUUCUGGCUUUUGCUCCCCUCCCCCUACUCCUGUCCUUCCUCCUUUCCCCUUAUUAUCCCUUACUUUCGUCCUCUCCCCUUUCUACCCUUUUCCUAGGCCCCCCCACCCCCCCUUUUUUUUUCUUAAAAAAAAAGAAAACAAAUAACCUCCCCGUGCCGCAAAUGAAAAUUUUUAGUGCCACUCUUUUUGCUAAUGCGAGACCUUUGGAAGGAAUGAAUCAAGGUGCAGGAAUGGUGGUGGAGGGGGUCCAGGUUCACGGGAUCCGUAUCGGAUCGAGAGGUCCACGUUUCCGUCUUCUUGUCCCUCGUCUCGUCAGUUUGGAGAUAACUGAGAGUGUCUGGAGCAAGCGGGUCUGUGUGUCUUCCUUAAAGUCCGACAGAAGACUGCAGUGAGACGCGGUGCGGGGACGGCCACCGAUUAGUUGGUGGGAAUAGCAUUAUCAUUUGCUAAAUAUAUUAUGACAUACCCUGUGCCUCUGUGAACAGCUCCCUUGACCUUGUGCGGCUCCUCCUCCGUCGCUCUCUGUCCCCCUCUGGAAUUUCCCGGAGAGAUCACCGAGAAAGACAGGACGAACUCCAAUGUGAGAAUGGCUGUGACUUUGGAAGAAGCUCCGUCGCUGGGCUGGAUCUUGGUGAAAGCCCUGAUGAGGUUUGCCUUUAUGGUCGCCAACAACGUGUUUGCAAUUCCAUCCUACAUCUGCUAUGUGAUUAUACUUCAGCCCCUUCGCAUGCUGGACAGUAAGCGCUUCUGGUAUAUUGAAGGAAUCAUGUAUAAAUGGCUUUUAGGAAUGGUGGCUUCCUGGGGAUGGUAUGCUGGAUAUACAGUGAUGGAAUGGGGGGAUGAUAUUAAAGCAAUUUCAAACGAUGAAGCAGUGAUGUUGGUGAAUCACCAGGCAACAGGGGAUGUGUGUACUCUGAUGAUGUGCCUCCAGGACAAAGGACUGGUUGUUGCUCAAAUGAUGUGGUUGAUGGAUCAUAUUUUUAAGUACACAAACUUUGGAAUUGUUUCUCUAAUUCACGGAGACUUCUUUAUAAGACAGGGAAAAUCUCAUCGUGACCAACAGCUGCUGCUUCUCAAGAGGCACCUAGAAAAUAAUUACAGGAGCAGAGAUCGAAAAUGGAUUGUUUUGUUUCCAGAAGGGGGCUUCCUCAGGAAGAGGCGAGAAACAAGCCAGGCAUUUGCCAAGAAAAAUAACUUGCCGUUUCUUACACAUGUCACUCUGCCAAGGAUUGGGGCAACAAAAAUUAUUUUGAAUGCACUUGUAGCACGACAGGAAAAUGGAAGUCCAGCAGGAGGAGAUGCUAAAAAAUUAGACAGCAAAUCGAAAGGCCUCCAGUGGAUAAUAGAUACAACCAUAGCUUAUCCCAAAGCUGAACCCAUAGAUAUUCAAACCUGGAUCCUUGGAUACAGAAAACCAAGAGUCACACAUGUACAUUACAGGAUCUUUCCAAUCAAAGAUGUUCCCCUGGAGACGGAUGACCUUUCUGAUUGGCUCUAUCAACGUUUUAUUGAAAAAGAACACCUCUUAUCGCAUUUUUAUGAAACAGGGGCUUUUCCACCUCCCAAGGGCCACAAGGAAGCUGUUUCCAGGGAGAUGACCCUCAGCACCAUGUGGAUCUUUCUCAUACAGUGUUUUGCAUUUUUGUCAGGCUAUAUGUGGUACAGCAUCAUUCAGUAUUUCUACCAUUGCCUGUUUUAGGAACUAACUUGGACUCGUCAAGUUCGCCAUAGGAGAUCAGACUUUCAUGAGUGUGCAUUAUUUUACAUGUGCAAAUCAGAAUAUAUAUAUAUAAAAAAAGAAAUUCCAUGGAUGGAUUCAUGUUUAUCCCCCUUUGGGAUAUUUUAAAACUGCUCAAAUGAGGAUCAGUGAUAUAAUGACCUGCUAAUAUGUUUUAAGGACUUUUCAUGUUUUAAAAAGAUACAUCCUACCACACAUUUAAGCAAACAUCACACUUGGAAGAGGGGAAAUCAUAAAAUCAUCCUAGAAGACUGAGAGAAAUUCUGUUGCCACCAGAUAUACUUGAUGUUCUAGUUCAAGCUAAGAAAGCUGUAUUUGUCCCCUUAGCUAGUCGCCCCUGGUAGGGCAGUGCUGUAGAGUGCCCUCACUUCCGCCAGCUCUAGCUGCGUUACUAGGAACCUCGAGGGGAGCUGCUCAGCAGGCACCUUCUGAAAAACUGUGUCCCUGUCGUUUGCAGUGGCACUCCAGUCCUCAGCAACUCAGUGUCACGCGUGCUCUGCGGGGGAAAGCAGUGUCCAGUGGACACAUCCCGGUACUAGAAUGCGCCCUUUAAAAAGGCUAGCUCAGUCUGACACUGUGUUUACAGGCGCGUGUGCUUUCCCUUGUAUGAGGGCGUCACUUGACUUCUCCUUUUGUAUAGAAGGCAUAUUGUAGAUUGAUAUUGUCUUUUACAAAAUGCACUUUUAUCAGAGGCACCUAUAGCAAGGAUUAGUAGCAUAGCCUGAGAACAAAUGUGAGCAUCCUCAGUGAGAGGCCGUCUAGUCUGCGUGUUUAUCUGUUUGCAGAUGCCCUGCAGCCCCUCUCGAACUGGGGCCACAGUGAGGGGACGCUUCUGUCUGGCUCCGAGGCUUUUUUUAAUUUUUUAAUUUUUUUUUUUUUUGGUGGCAUAUGAGCACCAAUGCAUUUGGGAAUGGUUGAAAUAAAUUAAUGCAAAACAUUUAAAUUAUUACUAUAAGGUGAAAUAGGCUAGUUUAUUAGAAAAAUAAGAGCUACAGCCAGACACUGGCUUAAAAUGGUGACCAGUUCUCACAUGGCACCCCCAGAACCUGUCACAUCAAGGAGCUGCCCAUGUCAGAGGGGUGUGACCAGGAGCAAGACCUGCACACAAGGCUUCCCAGUCUCCUCCAGUUGCUUUUGAAGAGGACAAAGUCAAGUGUUUGUUUCUAGAAAACACUUUUUUUGUUUGUUUGUUUGUUUGUUUGUUUGUUUGUAUUUGUCACUGUGUUCAUGCGAUUUACCUCACUGUAGAACCAAACUCUUCUCAAAAAGUGCCAGCACUGCGUCAGCCCAUCAUGGGCACGCCCAGUGCUGAGAGAGAAUGGUCUGUGGUUUGGGACUGGAGUCAGUUUUCUGUGACAUGAGCACUGUAGAGUCCCCUGUUGUCACUAAUCAUACAAAUGACAAUUUUGAGAAGUAGGCCGAAAAAUAAAAGUAAAAGCUGGUGUUUUCUGUUUUUCAAUAAACCAAAAAAACUGAGAAAAUACGAAUUUUCUCCCAGUUACGUGGGAAGGGAAAGCAACACCAAAUAAAAGCCCACAGCAGCUUCAUCUGUAGGUUAACUCAGUGCAUGUGUGAGAGAAGGAUGCGUUCACCGAAAUACCUCACUGGUUAUACUUCUGGUAAAACGCAGAAGACAGUGUUAAUGUGUUUGGUUUGGUAAUGGUUGUUAUAAAAUGCCUUUUUUUUUUUUUGAAUUCUAAGUGUUUUAUUAUGUGUUUUACAGUGACAGUGAGUAGGUGAAUCCAAUCUCAGUUUAGAGGUAUGGGUGACAAUAGGAAGCCAAGUAGGACCUUAAAGAUGGCUCCUGUUUGAGGCUCAGCAAAUUCCACUAGAUUACAAGGUGAAUUGACAUUGUUCAUUUGAGAGAUUGGUCAGCCGUCUGGGGGAUAAGUUGUUCACUGUCAAGUAUGGCAUGUGCAAUUCUAGCCGUUAGACUGUUUCCUCAUUGCUAAAGCGAGCCACAGGUAGAGUAGCCAGUUCUGUCUGUCUGUCUCUCUCUCUCUCUCUCACACACACACAUGCAUACGCACACAUACUUGCCUACAUAGAUGAGGUUUAAGGCCACUUUUUCCAUCACUGUGCUCCAAAGGAACAUGACAUUGUUUCAUGUACUGUACACAUUAAGCAGACUAUUCUGUAAGAUGCUUUACUUUUCAAGCGCAGUCAUUUCAACAGUCUCGAAUGACAAAUACCAAUAGAUGUGUGAGUUAAUUUUUGAAAAUAGGUCUGUGAGCUGUCAGUAGAUGUGUGUUUGAUCUGCCCUCUCCCUCUUUGAUUCUUUAUCAACUUGUUCUCUCUCUUCUGUCAGCAAACCCUGCUUGUUUGAGAGCAUCGCUAGUGCUUUCCUAGUGGUAACGAGUUCUGCUUGCGCCAGGGCAUGUGAAGAGAGAAUCAGUGUUCUCGAGUGGCAAUCAGGGAAGCAGCAGUAUACCGCUGUGCAGAACCGAAUACAAAUCCUAAUUUGUACUGUCUUUGCAAAGUGAGAUGAAGAGUUUUAGCAAAUAUACAUUUUGUCAAGGGGAAAGAAAAUAACAUUGUGUCAGUUUUAUACCGGUAGCAUGCAUAGUUUCAGCACUUCUUGGUCUCAGCUGAUCUGCCUAGAUUCCCACAGCAGACAGAGUUGUGAGCUCCCUGCUGGGUCCUGGUCUCAGCGAGUCCCAGUGAGGAGCAUCUGCUUGGCCUCAGGCAGGCACAGUGACUACAGAAGCGACCAUGUCAGCAGUUCAGAAACUAUUAUUGGUGUUGAAAUACACAGAUAUUGUGGAGAAACCUAUAAACCAAUGGAAGUUAAAGACAAAUUACAGAAUGGAAAUGAUGUUUUGCGUGGGCAAACAAACUAGUUGAGACUCUAAAUAAUAGAUUCCAAAAAAAAAUUAGCUUUGAAUUUAGAUCUGUUAUGUUAUGUGUCAUAUCUUAAUAUUACAACCAACCCUUACUUUUCCACAGUAAAGGAACUAGAGAUUACUGGAUAAUUAUUCCACUAAUAUGUCAUAGUAAGCCAAAAAUCUAAUUGUAUUUAGUAGUUUGAAUUGUUCUUGUCAGACUUUUUUUCCUAGGGAUAGUUUUUUUAAAUGAUUUGAGUUGUUUAUUAGUUUCUCUUGCCUAUAUAUUUAUGACUGUGUUCAUGAGUAGGGAAAAAGAUUUGGAAAGACAGCUUCAGGAGACAGAAUCAUGAAAGCCUCAACAAUUCAUAGGCUACAAAAGGAAUCCCUAAAUAAUCAAGAGUUGGCGGUGUUGUGAUUGUUCUGAAAUGUUCUUAUGAAAAUGAAAUGUUAAAUCACCAAAUGUAAACCUCAGAGCAUCAUCCUAGUGUUACUAUCGUUUGGACCGAUGUUCAGAAUGCCUCUUCAUUCUGUGCUCAUGUUACUUGUGGAUUUGUCUUAGUAACGUUUUUUGACAAUCACUUCCCUAAAGAUGUGUCUGAACUAGCGGGACCUGGUUAUAAUCAUAGAACAUAGUCUUUAAUCAUGCAUAGUCUUCUUGGAUUCUUUUUAUAUUUAAGAAAAUUUUAUUUGUGCUGCUGCAUAGGAAGAGGUAGUUAUUUUCUUCAUUACACAGGACUUCACUCCAGAGUUACCGUACGAGCGUGCCAGCUGUGGUCCACCAAGGAUGGAUAACAAUGGUUAGUCUUAUUUUUGGCCUUGUAGUGCUGUGAACCUUGCUUCUGGUAACACGACAGGCAAAGUCCGAAGCAGCACCAGGCAGCGGGUAUACUGGUUCAUCUUAUGAAGGGGUAGAGACUAAUAGGUUUGGGACCAAAACCACCUAACUUGGACACUUCUAGAUCACGAAGGGGCUAGGUGUUCUCUGGAGCGGUCACUGGUUGGUGCUUUAUUGUAAUCAUUUUGCAUUGAUCCCCAGCAAUUAGGAACUGGAUCCUGGAACUGAGCUGAGGGUGCUGAACUGUUGGGGGAGGGUGACUGUGGCCAUACGGAUGAUAAAAUAUGGGUUUUUCUGCAAAAUUUCCAUGUGAGGAUUUUUACAUUUAAUAUUUUUUUAAAACAGUUUAAACAGAAAAAAAAAACCUUUAAGUGUAAUCUCGUUGCAAAGUAUGCACACAUAUUUUGAAUGGCUUUAUUUUUAUUGUGUAAAACUGUUGAACACAUGGCUGUGAUGCACACAUCCUUUACAUGUAAGGAGUCUAUGCAUUUUGCAGUAACUUCUGUUACAAUUGGGUAAUGAAACAGUUAUACAUUGAACUGCCAUUGUUGCUUUAAAUGCUUUCAUUUUUCUUUACAGUUAUCACAAAAUUGUAUUUAUUUUAUAGAGAUCAAUUAUGUUUUCCUGAUGCCAUAAUGUUUACCUGGGCAUGGUGACCUUCCUUUGUGUGUCUGCAUGUUGUAAUGUAUGGUAAGAAUGAAUGUAAAGGCUGUGGCAACUGUAAUUUUUGUAAAGGGCUGGUCACACGUGGAUCUGGUUUAUGAAUGCACUGGGAUUAUUUUAGUAACCAGAUCACCUUUUCAGAAAUUGAGAUGUGAACACCAAAAGAAGCAUUUUCUCAACAAAAAAUUAAUAGCUGGUUCUAUUUUUUUUAACCUAGAAAAAAAUAAAGUUGAUUUUUUUCAAGUAAA